UGUGUCGCGGCAUUGAAGUUAAAUUGUUAUUUGUAGUUGACAAGCCCAGUUCCGAUUUGGUAAAUCAACCCUAAAAACUCCAAUCGAAACCAGGUCGCAUUUUCAAUUAGGUUCAGUGAACUUGUACCAGAUACAGACUCUGAAAAUUUGUAGUGCGUAGAAAAAAUGCCAGAUAUUCCAUUUGUACUCAAUUUGGACUCACCGGACUCCAUUUACUAUGGCCACGAUAUGUUCCCCAAUCGCAUGUAUCGCCGGAUGCACUCUCGCCACCAUGAUGCCCUCGAUAUGCACACUCUCGGCUUGAUUGCCCAAAUGGGGGCACACGCUCGUCACCUGGUGGCCCACAAGAAUCGCGGUGAGCUGGGCGCAAGCAGCGCCGCUGGCAAGGAUAAGAAGGGCAACUUUCAGGUGAAUCUCGAUGUGGGCCUCUUUGAGCCAGCUGAGCUGAGUGUGAAGCUCGUCAACAACUGCGUCGUUGUCGAAGGCAAGCAUGAGGAGCGUGAGGAUGAGCACGGUCAGGUUGCGCGUCACUUUGUGCGUCGCUACCCACUGCCCAAGGAGUACAAUGCCGAUGGCAUUGCCUCGACCCUGACCGAUGAUGGUGUCCUCACCGUGACAGUGCCGCCCCUCAUCGUCGAGGAGCAGGGCCUGGAGCGCAUUAUACCCAUUAAGCAUGUGGGGCCAUCCGACUUGUUUCUGCAGCCCAAGAAUAAUGGACACAAGGAACAAAUAGCUGACGACGACAAAAAGUGAAUUUUCCCGAUAAUUGCGUUGCCAACAGUUGCAAAGUGAUUUCCCAAGACUCUCAAUUCCAUUGCACCGCAAAGAUAAUAAAUCAAUUUAUGCACGCUACAAUUUAACAAGUCAUAUUAACCAUUUAUUAAUUUAUUUAAAUGUAAUCCAUUUAGAUUUAAAACUCUUCCAGUGUCAGUGCUAAUAAAUGUUUUUUAACAUCCUAAAA